AUGGAUNGCAUUAUAGUCGACUCUACACGGCGAGGCAAGAGCAUGCCUGAUGCUUUGUCANAAACGAUACCCAUCUGGACAGCAGUCAUGAACCGUGUUCUAUUUCCCGAACAGCCAGAGAGCCACGAAGUAGCCACACCACCAACAGUAGUAGGGGCAUCAGAACACGCCCAGAUCGCCGCACGCAUAUCAGGUUUCGUCGAGUCUCUCAAGACAUUGGAUCUUGACCUUUCAACCAUUCGACAGAAUCUCACCAAACCAUUACGACCAAUUUGGGUGACGCCGACAUCGACACUUCCAACUGCUCCUCCAGAAUUUGAUUCGUUUCAUCCUGUAGUACUGCUUACAGCAUCCUCCCGCGUCUCUGGCUCAGAAUCGACAUCCGAGACCGGGUAUGUUCAGNGGGCUGCAGACGAUGCUGAAGCAUGGGCGCAAGGGCUGACAGCCCCUCUCUUCUGGCAACAUAGUGACACCCUGCUUUCUACGCCGGAAGACAUGAUCGAGGAAGUAAUUGCAGGUUUGAUUGCCGAAGGCGAUGGCAACAAAGGUACACAGCUCACUGAGGUCGGGCCUGGAAAGCGAGUUGCGAUCGGCACGGUCGAUGCGGCAGAGACAGAUGCAAAGGAAACAGACAUUGCAAUCACAGUAUCGCCCAAAGACAGUGAGGUCUUACGAUCAAGGCUGAAGACACGAUACUUGCACCUUGCUGUUGCGGACGGGAAAGUAGGGAGUCGACAACUACGACACAGUCUACCCAACCUCAUCACCUCGGUCAAAGCACAACUUGCUACAUCUCCAACGUCUCGUAUCGUGGUUGCAGACGCCAGUGGCAAGGAUCAAGGAGUGGGUAUUGCAUUGGCGAUCUUGUGCUUGUUUAUCACUGAUGAUGGGGAAAUAAGGCCAAGCGAGGAGGUUAAAGAACCUCCGAACGGGCUCAACAAGCAGACCAUCAAACAGAGACUCAGUUGGAUUUCAGUAGCUAAGCCGGAUGCUAAUCCCAGUCGGACGACUCUGCAGAGUGUAAAUGCCUUUCUGCUUGGCUAG